UGGAUGACAUGAACAUUUGGCGCGUGUUAUUUUCUCAACGGUAUUUGUGGGCGACUAAUACAGUGAGCAGUGGCGUGUUGUUGGGCUUUGGCGAUGUCAUCCAGCAACACCUCAAGUUUUUCACGGCAGUCAAGGAGAAGAAGACAUUUGAAAAGGUUGGAACGGGGAGUUUGCGCCACUUGGGCGUAGAAUGGAGCCAGUGGCGAUAUGACUUUCGGAGAACCUGGAGAAUGUUUCUGGUGGGGCUCAGUCAGGGUCCACCUCACCAUUGGUGGUACACCUUUUUGGAUAAGUCUUCCUCAAUUUUCCGCUUUGAAAAAAAAAAAAUCUUUGAACAGGUGUACCCCUCGAAAAGUUUGCGAACAGUCGGGAAGAAGAUCCUUGCAGACCAGUUGGUGGCAGCACCGUUCUUCGCGGUCACGUUCUUCCUCGGGAUGGGGUAUUUGGAGAAGAAAAGCUUUGACGAGAUUAUGACGGAGUUCGUAAAAAAGUUUCCGUCAGUGUAUGCGUUUGACUGGGCCAUUUGGCCUCCAACGCAAUUCAUCAACUUUGUUUACGUCUCUGCUGCAUACAGGGUGCUUUACGUAAAUUUGGUGACUGUCUUGUGGGACGUAUUCCUCAGUUACAUAAAGCAUUAUGACCAGUGCGCACAUUCGAAGAUGGCAGCACCGUUCUUCGCGGUCACGUUCUUCCUCGGGAUGGGGUAUUUGGAGAAGAAAAGCUUUGACGAGAUUAUGACGGAGUUCGUAAAAAAGUUUCCGUCAGUGUAUGCGUUUGACUGGGCCAUCUGGCCUCCAACGCAAUUCAUCAACUUCGUUUACGUCUCUGCUGCAUACAGGGUGCUUUACGUAAAUUUGGUGACUGUCUUGUGGGACGUAUUCCUCAGUUACAUAAAGCAUUAUGACCAGUGCGCACAUUCAGUGGAUUUCGAUCAUUGCCGA